AUGAGGAAGGAGAACCAGAGUAGUGUGUCCGAGUUCCUCCUCCUGGGGCUCCCCAUCCGGCCAGAGCAGCAGGGCGUGUUCUUCGCCCUGUUCGUGGGCAUGUACCUGACCACGGUGCUGGGGAACCUGCUCAUCAUCCUGCUCAUCAGGCUGGACUCUCACCUCCACACCCCUAUGUACUUCUUCCUCAGCCACUUGGCCUUCACUGAUGUUUCCUUUUCAUCUGUCACUGUCCCAAAGAUGCUGAUGAACAUGCAUACUAAGUACAAAUCCAUCCCCUAUGCAGGGUGCAUUUCACAGACAUACUUCUUCAUAUUCUGUGCUGAUUUAGACAGUUUCUUAAUCACUUCAAUGGCCUAUGACAGGUAUGUGGCCAUCUGUCACCCUCUGCAUUAUACUAUCAUCAUGAGUCAGAGAAUCUGUGUCAUGCUGGUGGUUGGAUCCUGGGUCAUUGCUUGUGCUUGUGCUCUUAUGCAUACCCUUCUCCUAGCCCGGCUUUUGAGUCCCUUCAACCAAAGUAGCAGUGUUUCUGAGUUCAUCCUCCUGGGACUCUCCUCCAGGCCUGAGGACCAGAAGCCACUCUUUAUCCUCUUCCUCACCAUGUACCUGGUCACCAUAACAGGGAACCUACUCAUCAUCCUCGCCAUCCACUCUGACCCCCAGCUCCAGACCCCCAUGUAUUUCUUCUUGAGUUUCCUGUCCUUCACUGACAUUUGCUUUACAACCACCAUUGUCCCCAGGAUGCUAGUGAGCUUCCUGUCAGAGAAGACCAUCUCCUAUGCUGGGUGUCUGACACAGAUGUAUUUUAUUUAUGCUCUGGGCAACACUGACAGCUGCCUCCUGGCAGUCAUGGCCUUUGACCGCUAUGUGGCCAUCUGUGACCCCUUCCACUAUGUCACCACCAUGAACCACCGUCGCUGUGUUCUGCUGGUGGCCUUUUCCUGCUCACUUCCUCACCUCCACUCACUUCUACACACCAUGUUACUGAAUAGUCUCACCUUCUGUGACUCCAAUGUUAUCCAUCACUUCCUCUGUGACAUCAACCCUAUGAUGAAAUUGUCCUGCUCCUCCAUAUUUGUCAAUGAAAUCGUGAUAAUGUCAGAAAGUUCAGUUGUUUUGGUGACACCAUUUCUGUGCAUUACUUUCUCUUAUAUACGAAUCCUCAUAACAGUUCUCAAGAUCCCCUCGGCUGCUGGGAAACGCAAAGCCUUCUCCACCUGUGGCUCUCAUCUCACUGUGGUAACACUCUUUUAUGGAAGCAUCUUCUAUGUCUAUUUACAGCCCCUGUCAAACUACACAGAAAAAGAACAAAUAGCAACAAUUGUCUACACAGUUCUUUCCUCCAUGCUAAACCCUUUUAUCUACAGCCUGAGAAACAAAGACCUGAAACAGGGCCUGAGGAAGCUGAUGGGCAGGAGGAAAUUCCAGGCAGCAUCCUCUUGA